AAUGAAGCAUUUGUGAAAUUGAUGGAAAUGGGAGAUGAACCAGACAGACGCAACUUCUUGCAUGAUCUCUUCGUCUUCAUGGAGAGCAAGCAAUCACCAAUCAUAGCCGUUCCAACUGUUAGCAAACAACCGAUCGAUUUAUUCAAAUUGUAUUGCAUUGUUAAGAAGUUUGGAGGCAUGGUUGAGGUUUCAAAAAACAAGAAGUGGAGAGAUGUAAGCAGUGCUCUGAACAUGGGACCAUCGAGCAGUGCAGGUUUCGUUGUUAAGAAGAAUUAUGGCAAAUCCAUCUUUCCAUUUGAAUGUUUCCAUGAUAGAGGCAACAUCGAUCCUGCUCCUAUACUUGCC